CUCUCCCGUUACACACUUUGGUACACCCUCGUUACUCUCCGUUAACUCUGAAGGCACCUAGCCUAGCCUUUGCUGUUCACCAUCCUCACCUCCAUCCUCAUCCUAAUCAUUUGUAGCCUCAUCUUCCUCUUUAGCAGCUUGGGUUCUUUUGAACCCACCUCCAACAGAUCUGCUUUCGCCACCACCGCCUUGCAACGUCAUGUCCCCUGCUUCCGCUAGAUUUGCUUCUGGGUCUGAUGAUUUCGCCAAAUCUGCUUUUGGGUCUAAUGCUUCUCUCUCCACUGUUUCAAUUGAUGAUUACUCUAUCUCUGCCCCUGCUCCUCCCCCCAAGCUAACAACACAUCACACAACCUCCAAAUACCGCCACACCACUCACCUCCUACCUCCACACCAAGCCCUACCAAAGCCCUCCACGUCCGUUGUUCUUCUACCCUUACUAGUCCCCUUUCUCACCUCUCUUCCCUACCACCAAGCCCUACCAGAUUCCCUUCCGCCCAUACUAGUCCCUUUCUCGCCUCUCUCCCUCACCACCAACCCAUCUAGUCCACGAUGAACCUUUCACCACCCUAACCAUCCCAAACCAAACACCAACCCCCCUUCCUCAUCCUCCUACCCACCCCAACCGACCGCCCUUCAGCCAACAGCGCCUCUACCUCCUCAACUAGUGCCUUCAUGUUCUCAAUCAGACAAAAUUCAAAUCCCCAACAAAAGAGAGAAAUUGGAAGGGAAAAUGUCUAGAUCUGGUGUUGAUGGAGGGAUAAAGAGAGAAAGAAAAUGACAAGAUGAAAUUGUAGGUUUUGAUUGCACUAAUCGUAACCUCUGAGAUUCUAAGAAAAGAGAGAGAGGAAGAAGAGACUACGUUGGGUAGAUUUGGGAGUUAACGGAAAAAUAACGAAAAGUAAGGUGU